AUUUUUUCCUUCGAUGAUGUAUUGCAACCUUAUGCAUUGCCACAAACAGAGAAUACGUAAACGCAUCAAAAUCGUUUAGCUUUCAAGCAAACCGACGGCAUGGCAGUUGCGGGCACUUUUCCCUCACACACUCGCAAGAAAUCGUGCCCGUAGCCUCUGAAUACCUAACAGACUCCCUUUUCAUGUACAUCCAAUAACCACCCUCUAAAAAUAGCAUGCUCUCCCUAAAUAGAAAACCCCCUUUUUUCCCCUUUGCUUUCCAUCUUAAAGCUUCAAAAAAGCUAAAACCUUACAUCAGUCACUGUUUUGUUAAUCAUCCCUCUGUAGCCUAUAUAAGGCCAUGUAUUCUUCUCUAUACUGUACCCAUAUUUACCCAUUUCUCCAUUCAGAUUUCUAGCUAUGAAUAUGGGGAAACUUUUCUUGAUUUCUGUGUGUCUGGCCCUGGUUUUCGGGCUCGUUAAGAGCUUAGACUUCUCCGAAAAGGACCUGGCCUCCGAGGAGAGCUUGUGGGACUUGUACGAGAGGUGGAGGAGCCACCACACGGUGUCCCGAGACCUCACCGAGAAGCAGAAGCGCUUCAACGUUUUCAAGGAGAAUGUGAAGCACAUUCAUGAAGUUAACAAGAUGGAAAGGCCUUACAAGUUGAAACUCAACAAGUUUGGUGACAUGACCAACCAUGAGUUCAGAAGCGCCUAUGGUUCCAAGAUUGAGCACUUCCGGAUGUUCCGUGGCGAAAGGGGCGUUACCGGCAGGUUCAUGCACGCGAAGACCGAAAAUCUGCCGGCGUCGGUUGAUUGGAGGAAGAAAGGAGCUGUCACUGGUGUCAAGGACCAAGGCAGAUGUGGUAUCUGUUGGGCAUUUUCAGCUGUAGUUGGAGUAGAAGGAAUCAACAAAAUCAAAACAAAUCAGCUGGUCUCUUUGUCCGAGCAAGAGCUAGUUGAUUGCGCAACCGAUAACGAGGGAUGCAAUGGAGGAAUGAUGGAGAAUGCAUUUGAGUUUAUCAAGAACAAUGGGGGAUUAACAACUGAGAGUAUUUACCCUUACAGUGCAAGAGAUGGGAACUGUGAUUCAUCUAAAAUGAAUUCUCCAGUGGUGAUGAUUGAUGGGUAUGAAAGUGUGCCUGAAAAUGAUGAAAAUGCGCUGAUGAAAGCUGCUGCAAACCAGCCUGUAUCGGUUGGAAUAGCUGCUGGUGGUUCUGAUUUGCAAUUCUACUCUGAGGGAGUGUUCACCGGUAGUUGCGGCACGGAGCUCGACCACGGGGUGGCGGUCGUGGGCUACGGAGCAACGGCCGACGGCACAAAAUACUGGAUUGUGAAAAACUCAUGGGGGGGCGAUUGGGGAGAACAGGGUUACAUACGGAUGCAGCGGAUGGUGGACUCCCCUGAGGGACUCUGUGGCAUUGCUAAGGAGGCCUCGUACCCGAUCAAGUUGAACUCGGAUAAUCCUAGAAGGCCCUCAGUCAAGGAUGAGCUCUAGGGUUUCAUAGGUUUGGAUUUGUGGUUUUUGUUUUGGUUUUGGCUUUGGUUCUAUGGGGAGGUUGGACUCCUGGACUUGUUGACCAAUAAGUCUCUAUGCUGGAUUAUAUGGGUAUCAGGGUAUGUGAAGAAUGGAUUUGUUUGCUUUAUGUAUUGGUUUGGAUGAUAAUAAAAGGUCUUUGAUGU